CACAAUAAGAGGCAUCCACAGAUCAGGAGGCAGACAGACAGACAGACGGACAGCCAGAGGGAGAGCUUUUCUUUCCACCCCUCCACAGCUGCUCUAUAGGCUUCCAGUAUUCCUGUCAGAGUGAGAUAUGAGAGCAGGGCGGCGAUGACGACGGGUCACUUGGACUCCUAGACCACCUCCUAGAGACUGCACCUCUCCGGUCCCCUUCUCUCACUGCACAGCCGCUUUUCAUUAACCACCGUGGACCGGGAAUGGAUUCCAGGCUGCUGAUCAGACCGGGGAUCCCCACGCCGGACCCGACCGCCCGUGCACCCUGGUACAUCAGCUCCAUCAGCCCGCACCGGCUCAUAGAGCUGUCUCCAGUCGCUACAGCUGGUGCUGUGGUUCCAAGCCACCCAUUUCCGACUGUAGACGUCCCAGACCACGCCCACUACACCAUUGGCGUUGUCAUCCUGGUUGUGGGCAUCACGGGCAUGUUGGGAAACUUCCUGGUCAUAUAUGCUUUCUGCAGGAGCCGAAGCUUACGGACUCCAUCCAAUAUUUUCAUCAUUAAUCUGGCGAUCACAGACUUCCUCAUGUGUUUCACUCAGACGCCCACCUUCUUCACCAACAGCAUGCACAAGCGAUGGAUCUUCGGAAAGAAAGGUUGUGAGUUGUACGCCUUCUGCGGAGCGCUGUUCGGCAUCUGCAGUAUGAUGACGCUAAUGGUGAUUGCGGUGGACCGGUACAUGGUGAUCACAAGGCCUCUGGCCUCCCUGGGGGUGAUGUCUCGCAGGAAAGCCCUGUGCAUUGUGGCUGCUGCCUGGGUCUACUCCAUGGGUUGGAGCCUGCCCCCCUUCUUUGGCUGGAGUGCCUACGUCCCCGAGGGUCUGAUGACAUCCUGUUCCUGGGACUACAUGACGUUUACCCCUUCUGUCCGCUCCUACACCAUGCUGCUCUUUACCUUCGUCUUCUUCAUCCCUCUCUUCAUCAUCAUCUUCAGCUACUGCUGCAUCUUCAGAGCCAUCAGGCACACUACGCGAGCGAUAACGAAGAUCAACUGUGAGGGAACCAGAGACUCUGCAAAGAGGUUCCAUAAAAUGAAGAGCGAAUGGAAGAUGGCCAAGAUCGCACUUAUCGUCAUCCUGCUUUUCGUCAUCUCCUGGGCCCCUUACUCCUGUGCGGCCCUCACUGCAUUUGCUGGGUACGCUGACAUGCUCACUCCGUAUAUGAACUCUGUUCCUGCCGUGAUCGCCAAAGCGUCUGCCAUCUACAACCCCAUCAUAUACGCCAUAACGCAUCCCAAAUACAGGUCAGCGCUCAGCAAGUAUAUUCCCUACCUCGGGGUGUUGCUGUGCGUUAGUGGCAGAGAUCGAUUCAGCAGCAGCAGUUUCCAGUCCACACGUCGGUCAACCCUCACCAGCCAGUCAGAGAGCAAAGGCCUCGGCAAGCCUCGCAACUCCUCCCUGUCUGAGAGCGAAUCAGCCCACUUCUCAGACAUGGAGGACGACUGCUCGUCACGGACGCCUGUCAGCCGUCAGUUGUCCAGUGAUGUCAAACAGGUGCGCCUGACGAGCCAGAGGUCAAAGGUGAGAGGUCACAACAUUGGAGAGUUUGAGAAAACAGCUGCACACAACCCCACAGACCCAGCCAUAUGUCUCCUCUCACAGAUCACAACUCUGACAGAGCCUGAAGCCAUCUCCAUGUCGGACAUCAAUCUGCAGCCAACCAGCCUUCUACCUGCUAUUCUGGAGAACGUGAUGGAGGAUUCAGGCCCAAGGACUGCGUCCAAGACGUCAUCGGUCAUCGUCACCUCCAUAUCCAGCCCCUCUAUAUUGCACAGUCCCCCAGGUUUCCAUGGCAACCUCAAACUGACCAAAACUUGCAGUCCAGAUGCCAAGGAACGCCUUGAUAUUACCAGACUGGAGACCACACCAUGAAUAGCUGAACAAGAACUGGAACCAGGUGUGUGUGUGUGUGUGUGUGUGUGUGUGUGUGCGUGUGUGUGUGUGCGUGUUCAACAUUUCCUGCCAUGGGACUUUUCCGUACCAGCAUGCUGUGUGCUAGUCACGGUAACUCUAAACCAGAGCAUGCUUUUGUUAUUUUUCCUUUUCUUUUGUUUUUCUUUUUGCACAACUGAGUGUGUGUGAGCAUGUGAGCACGAAUGCCCAGUAAAUUUCAAUACAUGUGCACACGUUUGUGUUUUACUUUUUUUCUGACAUAUCAGGGUCGUUGGAUAAGGUUUACCUUAAAUUAGCCUUAAGACACAAUAUGAAAACUUCUCUUUUGCCAGGGUUUGGCUUCAAGUUAAAAAUAAAUUUUCUUUAUCUCACCACACACCAGUUUAAUGUUCACUGUUCAAACCCUGUUUUUUCUUUGAGAUUUGUACCAAUAGGACAUAGAAAUGUUGUUGUAGCGUCUACGAGCCAUAUUUCACACACUGUAUGGGUUAAUACAUAACUAAAUUUUCAUGUAAGCAGUAGGUCCAAACUUUGUCCAAACUUCCAAAAAACAUGCUUUUUGACUGAUUUAUUUCUCUUAAUAUGAAAUAAUUUUAAAAUCUGAACCAAAUCCCAUUUUUUUUUCUUUUUUCUAUUAUACUUGAGGGUGUGAGAAUAUACUAAAAAUACCACUUUUAAAAUGCGUUAAACCCAUCUCACUGAGAAUCAACACCUUACUUUGAGCUUGUUGUUUUGUUUAAGAGCAUGUUGCUUAUUAUAAAACUGUGAGCAUCUCAUUGAAAUGUCAGAGAGUCAAAGUAAACAAGUGGCUGAGGAAGAAGGUCACAGAAAGGAUUUUUUAUUUUUUUCAGGAGUUGGUGGAUGAAGCCAAGAUAAAACAACCACACUGUAGGUUAAUUGGGAUGCUCGUGUUGCUCUGUUUCCAUUAGAUGUGUAGGAAAACAGUUUUUUUGUGUGUGUUCUGUUUCUUAUAUAUCAGACAGCCCACGUGAAGAUUUGUCACUUCUCGAUUUUUUGUGCAUUUUUUAAUUUAUUUUCAAAAAAUAGUGCAUGUGGAAAUCUGCUGAAAGUUCACAUUCAGUCUUCUGGGUUGGUGCAUUUAUUUAAAAAUGCAAAAAGCUUAAAAAAUUCCUUCCCUAAUGCUUUACAGCUGACUCUAAAAGAAAACCAAAUUCAUUUAAAAUCAAAUCAGCCUGUGGGAAACAGUGAUAACACAGUAUGUAUUGUACAGGACAAAACUGACCGCUCAUUCCAGUCUGUCUGCCCUCUAGUGGUCAAAAAACAUUUUAAUUCAGCUUUAAUGUGGGCUGAUUUACUUCUAAGCUGGCAGAUCGGACACACAUGCGACCGAACAGGAGAGGUAACGGUCAGCUUUGUUUCCACUCUGACUCUGUGACAUUGAUUUUUCCAUUCCCGGUAGCAGCCUACCACAGAUCGGACAAAUCAGGUCACAAAUGUGUCGGUACAGCCAACGCCGUGAGUGUGUGUUUAUGUGUGUGUGUGUGUGUGUGAACUGACGACGUCGACUCAGUACUGUACUUUGCAUUUCUCUUGAUGCCAUACUUUGCUGUAGCGUCUGCUGUCGGAGCUGCAGUUGACACUUUGUUAAAUGACUUUACUGUUUUCUGAGAGUGUGGUGUCAGAGUGUUCACGCUGACCUCGUCAUGGACUGACGUACAGAAUCGCUUCAUGUUUUGUCAUCCUUUUCACUGAUCGUCACAUUUCCACAGCUCUUUUUCUCCACGUUUGUAUAUUGCAGUUCCCUUUGAGGUUCCUACGAUUGCUGCAUCAUUGACUAUGAUUGUAAUAAAUGUCCUGUUCAAGUUUUUAGCUUUGUUAAAUGAUAGAGUCAAACUAAAAGCUUAAAAUCUUAGUUAAUGAAGCUACGAAGAUCGAUGCAUUCCCACUGUUGCUCAUUUGUCCUGCAGUGAAUGUACAAAAUGACAUACGGCAUUAUAUAAAAUACAUAAAUGAAAUUUAAAUUCUGCUUUAAUGAAGUCAUGUUUUAUGUGAUGGUCUCAUGAUGAUUUUGUUUUCUUUGUACAAAUGUUUUGUGUCAUUAUUAUUUAUUUUUCUAAAUAAAAUUGUUGUCAA